UUAGAAGAUAGGAGCCAGGGCGGAGUGAUGAGCCUGUCCAUUUGUAGAUCAUCUUAAAAAGAUCUCUAUGUAGUUCAUUUUAAUCAGCAAAUACUAAUUCCUUGUCAUUUAAAAUUAUAUUUACAGUAUAACCAAUUAUUGAACAGGUGACAGAAUGGGAAGGAGGGAUAAAAAAAACGUGACAAGUCAGGCGUCCUUGCAUAACGACACGAUUGAAACACGUCGCGUGGCGUUCAAAACACCAGCAACUGCAGUUCUUCUCCUCAGAGCUCCCGAAGAGGACAUUUUAAUUAAAGCAUGUCAAGCAAUCUACGAAUUUGCGGAAGAAGGAGAUUUGAGCAAGGUUUAUCUGAUGGAGCAUGGGGCAUUGGAGCCUCUCAGCCAGCUCAUCACUCACUCAAACAACAAGAUCAGACGCAAUGCUCUCAUUGGACUAGGUGUCAUGGCUACCAAUGGUACAGCCAGGACUGCUCUACAAAACAUGGAUGUUAUUCCAUCGAUCAUUGACAAACUAUCCCUUGAUGACAUCAUUGUCCAUGAGUUUGGCACCCUGUGCCUGUCCUGUCUGUCAACGGAGUCAUGCUGCAAAGUGCAGAUCAUUGACAACAAUGGUCUGCCAGUAUUAAUCAACCUCCUCUCUAGUUCUGACCCAGAUGUUCAGAAGAACUCUUUGGAUACCAUCUACAACUUGGUUCAGGACACACAAAUUUGCCCGGCUGUUAUCGACUUAGAUGGGCUGCGUCAACUCCUCACACUGCUGAAGUCAGUCUUCAAUUCCAUUCAGCAACUGGCUUUAAAAACACUGCAGACAAUCGCUAUUAGUAAAGAAUCACAAAGCGCCUUCAGGGAACAACGGGUAUUUGAUGAGCUAAUUGAGAUCCUCAAUAAUAAGGAUUUAAUUGACCUUCAUAUGGAGACCUUGAUGGUUUUUUCCAACUGUAUGAGUGACCUUGACAGUUUCCGGGUCAUACAAAAUGGAGGAGGCCUUUCUACGCUGAUGGACCUUCUUCUUACGCCAAAAGUGUCUGAAAGCCAGGCAGCUUUGCUUAAAAACAGCAAUAUUGAAAUACAAGCCGUUGCUGUUAAGUGCAUUGCGAAUGCUGCUCAGAACUCUGACCUUCACCCAUUUCUGCAUGAGCAGAAGAUUGAGAAGGUUCUGGUAGAUGUUCUGUCGGGAGGCAGCGAUAAUGUGAAAGCAUAUGGUUGCCAAGCCUUUGCCGCUUUGAGCUCCUUCUCGCCCAGUAAACACCUCUUCAGAGAUUUAGGUGGCAUACCUGUUGUGGUUCGGUUACUGAAGAGUAAGAUUCCAGAGAUUAUAGAGUAUGCUACCCAGGGUCUUGCCAAACUCACAUCUGGAGUCCAGCUCAAUACUAUGGCAGUAUUUUAUGCAAGAGGACCUGAGAUACUUGUGCAGAGGCUACAAGACACUUGUCCUAAGGUGUUGGCAAAUUCAAUAACCAUACUCGGCAGGAUGGCAGGACAGGAAGCCAUCCGGUGUAAAGUGGUAUCAGAGGGACUCAUGCGAGCCCUGGUGGAACCUUUGAAAUCCGCAGACAUCCAGGUCCUGAUCAGUGCCUUGCUUUGCAUUUGCGAACUGGCAUUUGAGGAAGACGCCAGAGCCAAACUGCGAGGCGCUGAUGGUCUUGAACCAUUGGUCAGUUUGCUGCGUUCCAGUCAUAUGGAGGUGUUGCGGUGCACAUGUAUGGCAAUCAGUGUUUGUGCAAAGGAUGAGCCCACUGCAUUGGAGAUGUGUAAAUUUGGAGCCUUGGAAAUCCUUCAAGAUAUCACCCAGUCAAUAAACCGUCGAAGCAAGUUCACUGAGUUUGCCUUGAUCAGUCUGCUCAAAUACAACCUGUCUCUCAAGUAUGGUCUCCUAGGUUAUUUAGCCACUACUGAUCUCAUUACAAAUGGCCUCUACGAUGCUGGGAAGGUUGGUUUUUGUCAGAAACUUUUGACCUUAGAAGAACUGUGUAAGGAACCAAUAAACCAACGGCGACCUGUCAUUGUUGUCAACGCAAUCGAGAUGAGUGAUGAUGGGCAACAGAAAGAUGAGGCUCAGUCAGAGUGCAGUCAAGAGAGAAAUCGUAUACUGAUGGAUGACAUCUCAUUGCCGCUUCUGGUGAAAGAGGUCAAAGAGUCAAUUGAGCCUUUGAUUGAAGAACAAGAACAAUAUAUUGCGUUGGCCAGUACCAGGUUUGUCUCUGAAAUCAUGGGUGGAGCCAUUGAAAAGGAAGAGCUGGACACAUUUGCUUGGUUGCAGCACCUUGAUGAGCUCAGGUGUAAACUGCAGCGUAAUGUAAUCCCUAUUGGCAUGAUUAGCAAAGGAUUUCUUUGCCACAGAGCACUUCUUUUCAAGUACUUGUCUGAUAGCAUUGGCCUGAGGUGUACUCUGGUUCGAGGUGACUACAAUCGUGCUUGGAAUGAAGUACUCCUCCACAAGGGAGAACCUUGUAGCAAUGAAAACUUUUCACAGCCAUGUUGCUACAUUGUUGACCUCAUGCACCAGCCUGGAACCUUACUGGAGGCUGACAGCUCUGCUGCUCUCGAAUAUGAAAGCCUAUAGAGACUGGAGCGUAGGAACUGUAACUGCCAGAUAAAUGUAAUCAUUUCCUCAAGAUGUUCUGGAGGUGAAACGAUAAUGUAAUCAUAACUAUUGAACCGAGAAUGGAACGUGGAACAUAUACGAGAAGGUCUGUCUGCUUGGUACAAUAUGAGUAAUACUGUCCCUGUAAAUAAGUAUCAAGUACACUCAAAUAGGUUUAAAUAGGCAGAUUUCAUACGCAACAUCCAAUAACUGAUAACUUAUGGAAAACAACAUCACACAAAAACCUCAAGAUAUGUGGGUUAGGGUUAGCGCCUACAAAGUUGAAGGUGUGCUCUUAUUCUGCUUUCCAACAGACAUGCACUUAUUUUUUUCCAAAAUGACUUUAUAAAAUGUCACUGGAUCCCAGUAUCAGUUUGCAAAUACCCAUUUCCCUCUCUUAUGUCAUGGGCCUUUAAUGUGUCAGUCAGUAUUAUAUGAUUUUCUCUUAUUAUGGAGUGGCUACCUCUCUAAACUUGU